AACAGCACUAAAGAUUACAAUCAUAACUGCGUAUAUGCUUUAUACCUUUUGUGCUUAGAAAUCAGAUUAGCUGGUCAUCAAUCUGGUCUUUGCUCUGGAAGAGUUGAAAUCUCCUACAACAACAGAUGGGGAACAGUCUGUGAUGAUGGCUGGGGCCUUAAUGAUGCUGAGGUGGUUUGCAGAGAAUUAGACUGUGGGAAAGCACUGAGUGCUCUUCGAUCAUCUCACUUUGGUGAAGGAACAGGAGAAAUCUGGCUGGAUGAUGUGUCCUGUUCAGGAAGUGAAAGUUCUCUAACUAAGUGUGGGCACAAAGGAUUUGGGACACACGACUGUACACACCAAAAGGACGCUGGUGUCAUCUGUUCAGAUGCAAGGAUCAAAUUAACUGGUUCUGGUUCAGCUCGUUGCUCUGGAAGAGUUGAGAUCUACCAUCAAAAAAGAUGGGGAACAGUCUGUGAUGAUGGCUGGGACUUAAAUGAUGCUGAGGUGGUCUGCAAACAGUUAGACUGUGGGACAGCUUUAGCAGCUCCUAAAGAGGCUCAUUUUGGUGAUGGAAGUGGACCGAUCUGGCUUGAUGAUGUGUCCUGUUCUGGAAAUGAAAGGUUUAUAAUCCAGUGUCAGCACAGAAGAUCUGGGGAAAACAGCUGUACACACAAUAAAGAUGCUGGUGUCAUCUGUUCAGGUGAUCAGAUAAGAUUAGUUAAUCCAGAUACAUCUGAGUCAGCUCAUUGCUCUGGAAGAGUUGAAAUCAAUCACAGGAACAGAUGGGGAACAGUCUGUGAUGAUGGCUGGGACCCAAAUGAUGCUGAGGUGGUCUGCAGAGAGUUAAACUGUGGAACUGCUCUGAAUGCCACUAAGUCCGCUCAUUUUGGUAAAGGAACAGGACAAAUCUGGCUUGAUGAUGUGGACUGUUCAGGAAGUGAGAGAUCUCUGACUGAGUGUCAGCACAGAGGAUUUGGGAUACAUAGCUGUACACACAGUAAGGAUGCUGGUGUUGUCUGUUCAGGUGUGCCAGUCAGAUUAUCUGGAAGCACUUUGUGCUCUGGAAGAGUUGAAAUCUUUUACAACAACACUUGGGGAACAGUCUGUGAUGAUAACUGGGACAUAAAUGAUGCUGAGGUGGUUUGUAGAGAGCUCGGCUGUGGAACGGCACAGAGUGCUGCUGUCUUUGGUGAGGGAAGUGGAUCCAUCUGGCUUGAUGAUGUGUCCUGUUCAGGAAGUGAGAGAUCUCUGACUGAGUGUCAGCACAGAGGAUUUGGGACACAUGACUGUACACACAGUCAGGAUGCUGGUGUUGUCUGCUCAGUGAUCCUCCCAAAGCCCAGAAUCUUCAUGAUUCCUGCUGGUAAAGUUGAUCGGAGAAGUGAUGUCAGCAUCACAUGUUCAAUAUCACCUCAAAGCCAACAGCUUCUACAAGGAGAAUUUACUCUGAGGCAGAUUUCAGGCUCAUUCAGUCAGACAAAACCAUCAACUACCAACUCUGCUACAUUCAAGAUCCUCAAAGUAGAUUUUGACAGUGAUGGAUUGUACCAGUGUGAAUAUUCACACGACUCCAGCAUCUCCACAAGUGACUCUGUCAACGUCUCCGUUACUGUGUCCCUGCAGCAGCCCAACAUCUCUGUGAUAUCUCCAGAUGGAGGACUGGUCAGGGUUCCUGAUGGUUCAGAGAUCAUCAAGGGUUACAGCUUCGUCUUCACCUGCACAAACAAUGAACACUAUCCUGGAGGAGUUUUCAAUCUCAUCUUCUAUGGCUCCAAUAUGAAACGCACCAAACACACAAAGCCAUCUGUCAACAACUCAGCCUCCUUUAGUUUCCCUGUAGCUGACUUUGAACAUGAGGGCAGCUACAGCUGUGUGUAUGAGAUAACUCUGUCAGCAGGAACGUUCACUUCUUAUCCUGAAGACUGGAGGUUUUAUGUUUCUGUGAUAUAUUCAAGAACUCCAAUCCUGAGAUAUGUUUUCCUGCCACUGAUUCUGCUUUUGGAGAACAUUGCCCUUCAUUUCUACUAUAAGGUACAUCAGAGUAAAUAAAAGCAUGUAUGAAACUGAG